AUGCCAGAAUUUUGUACCUUUUCCAGGAAGAGCAGUUUAGGUGAAAUUUGGGACACGAAAGGAAAUGUAGUUCAGAAAGAGAUCGAAAUUGACGAGAUUGCUCGUAGUACAUUAACUUCAGCUCUGACUAUGGUGCCUUUGUCUGAAGACGAGACUUUUGAAAAAGAAGUCGAGACUGGAAGUAGCGGGGGUAUAUUUAUGUUCCUUCGGUGGCACGAUCUUUUUAACAUAAUUCCUGGAAUAGUUUUGAUGUUACUUUCAAGCGUGGCAACCCCACUGCAGACUGUAAUAUAUGGAAAUAUCUUCGAGAAGUUGAAUCGAUUCGAAAAGGGAGAAUACACAUCACCGAGCCAAUUCCUAAAUGAUACAAAAAAGUGGUGCACUGUAAUCAUGAUACUUGGUAUAUAUAAAACAAUAACUACCUGGUUGGGCCUUUUUUUUUGGAUGAGAUUAGGAGAAAAGCAACAAUCUAGAGCAAGGAGUAUUAUUUUUAGUAGCCUUCUCUCAAGAGACUUUGAAUGGUACGAAAGGGUAAAAAAUUUACCGGGUGAUUUGUCACAGAGAAAUCGUUGUAUUGAGGAAAUUAGAUGUGCCAACUCUGAAGUGCUUGGUCUUUUUAUUCACAAUUUGGGAUCCAUAGUUGCCUUUUUUGUCACUGCAAUGGCAAGCUCGUGGCUUUUAACAUUGGUGAUUUUAGCUUCAACUCCCUUGAUGGUUCUUUUGAGUUGGUUAUUUAGUAAAAAAAUAUUUAAAGCUGCCCAAGCUGAAAAUUCUUUAAACUCGGAUGCUUCAAAGAUUUUGGACUGGUCUAUAGUAUCAAGUGAGACGGUUCGAAUGCUAAAUGGCAAAUACAAAGAAAUGGUAAACUUCAAUAAGAUAGUCGAAUGCUCCGCAAAAGCAUAUUUCAGCUUGGCUAAAAGCGCUGCUGCAAAUGUUGGAAUUCUUCGCUCUUUGGUUUUCUCUAUGUUUGUUCAGGGAUUUUGGGUUGGUAGUAUAAUGGUUAAAAAGGAAAAGAUAGGUAUAGAUCUGGUAAUAACAUGUUUUUCUGCUUGUUUAAUGUUGGGUUCAAGUAUUGUUGAACUCUCAUCUCUUCUUGCGGAAUUUAACGAAGCUGCAGCAGCUGCUUCCAAGUUGGCUGAAUUUAUUAAUAAUAAAGAAGGUAUCAAGAACGAUUUUGGAUUCAUGCCUUCUAGGUGUCAUGGAGAGAUAGAGUUUUGUGAUGUUUCAUUUAGUUACUACGGAAGGCUGCAAAAAGCUCUUGAUCACGUGAGUAUUUCUUUGAAACCAGCAGAAAUGAACCACAUAAUCGGCAAAUCUGGAGCAGGAAAGUCUACCAUUUCUCUGUUAUUGGAGAGCUUUUAUUCUGCAGAAAGUGGUUUUAUCACAGUAGAUGGCUUGGAUAUUGUAACGUUGCAUAAAAAUUGGCUACGGGACAACAUUACGGUACUUCAUCGCGAGCCACAAAUUUUUGAUCUCAGUUUGAAGGAAAACAUUGCCAUUGCGGUUGUGAAUGAAUUCGGAUCAUUGGAAUGCGUACCAGAAUCCAUUAUUGAUGGGGCCUGUCAAUUUGCUAUGUUAAAUGAUUUAUCUAGUACUUUGACGACAAACGGUUUAAAUGUAUCACUCUCUCUCGGCCAAUUACAAAGAAUAAAUCUUGCAAGAGCAAAAUUGAGGGACACGCCUAUUUUGAUACUUGACGAAGCAUUGAGUGCUUUAGAUAAUAGUAAAAAGAGUUCUCUAUUUACUUCCAUUAGACAAUGGAGAAAAGGAAAGACCACUAUUAAUAUUACACAUGAUCUUUCACAGAUUUCGGCCAAUGAUAAUGUGAUAAUUUUAGAGGGAGGUUGUGUAUCAUACCAGGGCAGACUAUGUAAAUCUUUAGUUAGUCUGAGACUAUCUUACGAUUUAGCUACUCGUAUCUGCGGGUGUUAUGAUACUAUUAAUAGUAGAGUGCCUCUGACUGAUGAGGAGGAAGAAGCAAAUUUCAGUUUCAAUAGUAGAGCUGAUGAAGAAAUUCUGGGUGUAAAACACGUACUAUCUGUUUUCAGUAUACUCAAAUACUGCCAUAAUACAAUCGAGAACAAGUUAAAGAUGAUAUUCGGCUUAUCAUUGUCCCUUUUUGGCGGACUCUUGAGCCCUAUUUUCUCUUUUUCUUUUUCCAAACUCCUCUCUUAUUUGGUUAGCGAUACCUUUAAGAAAGGUGAAAAUCAGUUAGUGGUAUGGUCUUGUGCUACCCUUGGAAUAUCAGUCCUUGAUGGAAUAUGUUAUUUCUUCUCUCAUUACAUUUUGUCAGUUUCGGCUGAAAGUUGGAUCCUCAACAUUAGAAAGGAGUCAUUUAGAAAAAUAAAUGAGCAGGACAUGCUGUUUUUUGAGUCUAAAACCACUAAACCUUCCCAGUUGACUUCUCUACUUAUGAAUGAUACAAGAGAUCUAAGAAAUUUGAUAUCAGAAUUUUUGUCUAUUACCGUGAAUGUAUUCAGUAUUUUAUUAGUGGGAGUUAUUUGGGCCAUUGUUUCGGGAUGGAAGUUAGCUUUGGUGGGUUUAGCUUUUGUUCUUUUAGUAAUCAUUAUUACUUUGGCUUAUUCAAAGCUCUCUGAGAUAUGCGAAAAUCACUAUAAAACAGCGGUUGCGAAUUUGGAGAAUUACAACCAUCAUGCUACGACAUGCAUAAGGGAAAUAAUUUCCCUAAACUUACAAGACUAUUUCAGAACAAACUUCUACUUAUAUGUCAAUGCGGUCAACACAAAAGGGCUCAAAAGAUCCUAUUUCACUGGAUUAGGACUAUCUUUAUCCGAUCUUUGCAAGGGCUUUGCUACUGGAACUAUUUUAUUCUAUGGUAUGGAAUUAGUUGCUAAAAAAGAAUACAAUGAGCCUCAAGUCCUACAGGUUAUCACUCUCUUAACAUUUUCGCUAGCGGCAGCAUCAUCUCUUUUGCAGAAAUUGCCAGACAUCAACAGGGGCCAGAGGGCUGGAACUCACAUAAUACAGUUAUUAAAGCUAGAGUGUUCUGCGGUUGAAAGAGGUGGGCCCAUUAGACCUUUCAAGUUAAAUCGGAAAGGACUUAUAUCAUAUAAGAAUGUGAGCUUUAAAUAUCCGUGGGCAGAUAAUUUCACCUUACGAAAUGUUUCUUUUGAAGUAAAUUUGGGAGAUUGUGUUGUACUCGCAGGUGAGUCCGGCUCAGGAAAGUCCACAAUUAUUUCAACCUUAAUGAGACUUUAUGACUUGAAAAACAGUGAUAUUUCAUUCUCUGGUUGUUCUAUCAAUGAAAUUGAUAUAGACUGGUAUAGAGAAACCUUAUGCAUCGUCCCUCAGACGGCGAAGUUUUUUGAGGGCUCGGUCCUUGAGAAUCUAAUAUAUGGAAUCGACCGUUUCAAGGUAUCAGAAUCCAGAAUCAUUACUGCGUUGAAGUUAACAAACAUGUACUCUUUUUUGUUGGAUCAUCCCAACGGAUUAUUUGCUAAAAUCGGGGAAGGAGCUAAUUCAUUAUUUUCGACUGGCCAAUUGCAAAGAUUAUCAAUUGCGAGGGCCCUAGUUAGAGCUCCUAAAAUUUUAGUGUUAGAUGAAUGCACAUCCAACCUCGAUUCAAUGAAUGCAGCUAUUAUAAUGCGUCUAAUCAGAAACUUAAUCAAGAACACAGGAAUUACAAUAAUUUUGACUACUCAUGACGCAGAAUUGAUGAAGAUUGCCUCGAAUAUAAUUGUUCUACAAAAAGGUAAUGUAGUAGAGAAAGGAAGUUUUCAAGAUUUGUAUCAUCUUAAAGGAGAACUUUAUAGGAUAGUAGGUAGAUAG